GUCUUAACAGCACAUUACUGUUUGGUUUAUGAAGUCCACUACGCCAUCUUUGUUUUAUAAUUACAAGUUCGGAUUUACACACAUUUGGACAGUGUAUGGAAAGUUAAACGACGCCAUUUGUGAGGUAAAAAUAAAAGAAGUGAAUCAGUGAUCUGAGUGUCUGUUUCUGAUGAAUACGUACAGCAAAACCCAAACCAAGACUGCCCAGGGCAGUUCAAGUCAGUUGGAUAGGGUUGCACAUGAGCGUGAUGAGCUCGUGAAAAAACUUUUGAACGAAAUUAAUGUGAAAGAAACAAGAGAUAAAUAUGCGAAGCAGUCAAUCGUGGAGAUUUCCACUGACCAUCUCGGCCCAAAGUUCCAAAAUGAUCUUCGUCGACUGAUGGGUUCAGAUGUGAUACGCUUCAACGACAGGGAGUGGGAUGAACAGUUUCAUAAGGCCAUUCAGCAAGAGGUCGAGAAAUUGGAGUCUAAGAAAGAGGAAAGACUGGCGAGGGCUGAACGAGAGAGAAUUCUGCGAUUAGAGAAACAAGGCAUUGACCCGAUGGUGAACAAGAAACGAAACAGGAAAAAGAAAGUGGCGAUAAAAGAUAACGACGUUAAGACACACAAGGAAAAACGUUUUGUGGGAACCUCCAGUCUGAUGAAUUCUCUACUCAAGAAAAAGAGUGUUCCUAGCGGAGCUGAAAGUACGGCCUAGAACUCUCUACACGGUUAACCUCCGGGUGAGAGUUCGUUCCUAAAUGUGACAUAAUUAUGUUGUGAUUCACUUCAAACAAUUGGAGGAAACUAAAACUGUCUGGAUUUUAUGCAUUGACCAUUUGGGACAUGGGUGUACAUUGGAAUAGGCGGCCUGUGUGAAUCGGAUCCUGCAUCACCUGUUCGGACGAAUACUACAGCCAGAUGCGGUCAUGUAGCAAAAACAAAAAAUGAGACGUAAAUAUUCUCAAGUUUGGAGUGAAAUAAAUGCAUUUAUAAUAUA